CAGGUAAGAUAACCCCAGAGUUGGGGUCACCUGAACUCCAGGACCAUGAGAGUUGGAGUGCGGCAGGUGUGCUAUAAGAGGGCCACUCUGCACAGGGCUGGACACGGCUGAAUUCCAACCCAGUCUAAAGACCACACCAGAUCAGACCCACUGCAGCCCCAGCAGAAGAGGCCGUUCCUCUGUGGCAGCCACAGAGGCUCAGACAGGACACAUGGCAGGUCCCCUUCUCUCAACCCUGCUGCUCCUACUGCUGUCCUUAGCACCGGGAUCUGCUGGACAAGAAGCCCAGGAUACCGGGGAAAGGAUUAUUAAUGGAGUUGUAUGUCCAAAAGGCACCCAUCCCUGGCAGGUGGCCCUGUAUUACAACAAUGUGUUCCAGUGUGCAGGCGUGCUGAUCAACAAGCGGUGGGUGCUCACCGUCGCCCACUGCCGCAGGAGUGAGUUCAUUGUGCAAAUGGGCAGUGAUCUUCUGGUUGAUCCAAAUGCCCAGAAGAUCAGGGCCACAGAGACCUACGUCCACCCCCGGUAUGACAUAAAGACAGAUGUUCAUAACAUCAUGCUUGUGAAGCUGAGCAGCCCUGCCAAGCUCUCGUCUACUGUGAUGACAAUCAACGUGCCCUCCAGCUGCAGACUGCCCAGGAAGAGUUGUACUGUCUCGGGCUGGGGCAGUGUCACCAUGGACGUAGGAGUGGGAAACCCGUUAGCACUUAUGUGCUCCAAGGUCAGCCUCGUCCCCUAC